UUAAGAUUUAGAUGUCUGGAGUGGAGCUACCAAAAGGACACUUAGAUACACAAGCCUGCACUCACAGGAAAGCUUGGCUAAUGUAAAGACAUCACUGGCAAGUGGUUUGGGUUGGAUGCAGUACUUAGGAUGAGAAUGAAGAAAGAAGAGAAGCCAGGAUCCGACCCUCAGGUGCCAACUCUUACACCGUUGAGUUGAAGAGGGGGUGUCAGCUAGAAGACUGAAGAAGGAGCGAAGAGCAGAAGACAAGCCAGAGAUUGUAGGGUCCUGGCAUCCGAGUCGUCUUUGCAAAAAGAGGAAGUGGUCAGUGUAUAAGAGGAGAACAGAGAGUUGGCCCUUGAGGGGGCAACUGGAGGAGGGUGUAGUAACUCAGAAGCAGUCAGGAAGUGUUCACAGGAAGUGAGAGGAGGUCAGUAGGAGUGGGCUGUCAGUGCAGGGCCUCUGGUUGUUAUAACUGUACACCAUCCAGCAUCGAUGCUGUAUGUACCUAAUGCUGUUGACUCCUUUCCCAGGAGCUAGAUGGUUCUGUCUCCCGUUACAGUUGGAGAAACUGAGUUCCAGAGUCUACUCAUUUAAAGUAGAAGCAUUAGGAUUUGCUCCAGGUCUCAAACCUGUACUUUUAAGCACUAAGCUGCACCGCUGUGUUGAGGUUGGUAAAAUGGAAGGCAGCCAGGUGCUACGACAUUGCACAGCCCUACCCCCACUGUGGCUGCUGCUCCCCAGGGAAAGUGAGGCACACUGUGGAAUUCCUCUCUUGGGCAAGAGAGAUUUGGAAAAGAGCAUCUAACCCCGUAAGUCUGGACUCCCUUACCACAGAGUAAGAGCAAGGACCUCAUCCAGUUUCAUGCCUGUAUCUCCAGUGCUCCAAUACAGUAGUGUGUCAUGAAUGUACAUUGAGUAUGUGGCUCUGUGAUUUUUGGCUGGCCCCUCUAGCUGACAUGAGUCUUUGUGUUUUGGGUAAGUGAAUUACCUUUUGAAUGCUGAUAAGAAACAGUGUUGCUGACUUUGAGAUGGAGCUGGGUGGGGGGCGAGUGUAUUACAGGGAUCUGGACUAGCUCUUGAAAGGAAAGGCAUGAUUGGAACAGCCCAGGGAGGACCUCGCAUUGUUGAGCAGGCACUGUAGUGUAAGCAGAAGGUGCAGGUUGAUCCCCGGAAAGGGAAACAGAUGGCCCUAACUUGGAAGCCACUGGAAGGACCCAUGGAGCAAGUGCUAGGAAGAAAGUCCCCUUAGUAUCAAUAUGCCCUGCAACUGCCUGUGUAGCGUAAGCAGUGACUCUCAACCAGGAGCACUUGUGAUCCCCAGGCAGUGUUUGGCAAUGUCUGGACACAAUUUUGGUUGUUUCGUAUAGCGGGGGCUAAGGAUAUUCCUGCAUCUCGCAGGUGUUGACUGGGGAUGCUGCUAACAUCCUACAGUGCACAAGGAUUUAUCCAGCCCCGAACAUGAGUGACACCAAGUUUGAGAAACUGGCGUAGAGGAAAGUGGGCCUCGAGCUUGCACCAUGUGGGUUUGAAGCCCCAUUGCUCCACUUGGUCACAGAAGCAGGAGUCUGGCUGUGAGUGGCAGGAGGAGCAGAGAGGCCACCGCAGGAGAUUGCUGCAGUCAUCUGGAGAGAGCAGAACUGGGGUCCUUUGAGCCCUGCACCCAGCUAACCAUGGAACAGGUCGGCCUGGGCCACCAGCCCCUUAGGUGAGGACUCCACCCGGGGCUCCACUGACCAUUUCAAACAUGGAGGUGAAGAGAACCCUUCCAGCCACGGAAUCUGCUUGUUGAAAGUCGUGGUCCAGCGCCGCUCCUCUGUGAGCUGUCUUCAGGAGAGGUGCUGUCCCGUGGCCCAGGAGCGGGGGCACGCAGCCUCCGCGGAUGGGGAGGUGGGCCCUUGACGUGGCCUUUGUGUGGAAGGCAGUGUUGACCCUGGGGCUGGUCCUUCUCUACUACUGUUUCUCCAUCGGCAUCACCUUCUACAACAAAUGGCUGACAAAGAGCUUUCACUUCCCCCUCUUCAUGACGAUGCUGCACCUGGCCGUGAUCUUCCUCUUCUCCGCCCUGUCCAGGACGCUGGUUCAGUGCUCCAGCCACAGGGCCCGUGUGGUGCUGAGCUGGACCGACUACCUCAAAAGAGUGGCCCCCACAGCACUGGCAACAGCACUUGACGUGGGCUUGUCCAACUGGAGCUUCCUCUACAUCACCGUCUCGCUGUACACAAUGACCAAGUCCUCGGCUGUGCUGUUCAUCUUGAUCUUCUCUCUGAUCUUCAAGCUGGAGGAGCUGCGUGCGGCCCUGGUCCUGGUGGUCCUCCUUAUCGCUGGGGGCCUCUUCAUGUUCACCUACAAGUCCACCCAGUUCAACAUGAAGGGCUUCUCCCUGGUGCUGGGGGCCUCGUUCAUCGGUGGAAUUCGCUGGACCCUCACCCAGAUGCUCCUGCAGAAGGCUGAGCUGGGCCUCCAGAACCCCAUCGACACCAUGUUUCACCUGCAGCCACUCAUGUUUCUGGGGCUCUUCCCUCUGUUUGCCAUAUUUGAAGGUCUGCACUUGUCCACAUCUGAGAAAAUCUUCCGCUUCCAGGACACGGGGCUGCUCCUGUGGGUACUUGGGAGUCUCUUCCUUGGCGGGAUUCUCGCCUUCGGUUUGGGUUUCUCGGAGUUCCUCCUGGUUUCCCGAACCUCCAGCCUCACUCUCUCCAUUGCUGGCAUUUUUAAGGAAGUCUGCACUUUGCUGCUGGCAGCUCACCUGCUGGGCGAUCAGAUCAGCCUCCUGAACUGGCUGGGCUUUGCCCUUUGCCUCUCGGGAAUAUCUCUGCACGUGGCCCUCAAAACUCUACACUCUAGAGGUGAAGGUGGAUCCAGACCCCUGAAGGGGCUGAGCUCCAGCCCUGACCUGGAGCUGCUGCUCCGGAGCAGCCAGCCAGAGGAUGAGGACAAUGAGGAGGAAGACUACUUCGUGGCCCAGGGGCAGCAGUGAGGGGCCAGCGGAGCAACUGCAGGCUGCUCUGUGACCAGCGCUGCUCUGAGCACUUGGCCGCAACCCAGGGCCCUGUGGCUCUUCACAGCAGCUGGGAGCAGUGGCCUGGGAGUCACCUGUGGCGGGCUAGGUCAGGGGCUUGUGGCUCCUACCCCUGCCUCAGAGCUUGGUCAACACGGUGAGCACCAGGCCAGCCUCGGCCUGGCUGGAGCUCGCCCACGCUGCGCCUGGAUCCUGGUGGAGAAGAAAGUGGUGGGUCCUUCUAGGCCCUUGGCCAGGCCCUGCCCAAGACUGAUGUCAGAAGCACAGCGGCCUUCUAGGGGGGCUGACUUUGGACUGCAGGGCAGUGGGGGUGUGACGAUGUUGGGGCCUCAUCACCUGGACUGCAUCUUUCUCAGCAGAUUUAUUUAUAGUUUGGAAAUAAAUGGGUUUAUGGUCCAGUGGCCACUCACAUUGCCUAGGGGAGUGGGGGCAGGGAGGGCUGUGAAGGCCUGACCUCACCUUCUCUGUCCCUAUUGGGGCCUUCCCUAAGUGACCAGGCCCAUCCUGGCCUCCUGCAUCUCCUGCUUGCCCCUCUGCAAGGCCCCCCAUACCUGCAGGCAGAGAAUAAAUGAGUAUCUACUGAGCACAGCA